AUGAAUACCGACUCCGAAGCGGGUGCCGCUGAGUACACAGGAGCUCUCUGGCUGAAUAUUAAGUUCGUUCCCUCUGAUAGUGACUUAUCGGAUAGAGAUCUCCUCGAUAAGAUUAUUACCUCGAUUCAAAGUCGACAGCUAACUAUCUCCUGUCAUUCUCUCGCCGCGUAUGCAUCCCUCUUUUUUUCCAUCAAGAUUAACGGGCCAUUCCACGGCGUGGACGAUAUUUAUAAAGAAGCCUCUAGUAAUGUUGAGGCUUGGCUACAAACAGUUGAUCUGAUGGGACUUCCAUUUUCACGCUGGGAGAUAUUCAAACUUUGA